AUGUCAGCAGAAUUUACUUCCAAAGAUGCGCUAUUUUUUCAACUAAUUCUUAUGAACAUGACAAACAUGCCUAAAGUAAAUUGGGUCCUCAUUGCCGAAAGGGCAGGCUACAACAACGCCAAGGUAGCACAAACACGCUUUGGGCAGAUCAAGAAGAAGAUUACGACAGCCGCCGCAGCCAAUGAGAACCAGAAUUCGGCCCCGUCAACACCCACUGUGUCGCCGCGGAAGCGCAAAGCAGCUUCUUCCGAGGAUGACGAGAUGCCGGAGAAGAUGAAGUCUAUUGGCAGAAGGUCAGGAAAAGCCCGGAAGAAAUCUGCCUAUGAAAAUGCAAUUGCUGCGCUCCAGAAUGACGAACCAGAUGGCUCGCUCGAGGCAAGAGAUAGUGAUGGGGAAUUUUUGGAUGUGAAGCGGGAGGUGGACUAUGAGGUGUGA